AUGCCCGACCCCGCUGCUGCAAAAUCCAAGAACGGCGCACCCCCAGCUGCACCCCCAGCACCCAGGAAAGUUCGCUUCAACGUCGGCACGCAGUACCAGGUCCUCGAUGUCGUUGGUGAAGGAGCCUAUGGGAUCGUAUGUUCCGCUGUCCACAGACCGAGCGGACGCAAGGUUGCUAUCAAGAAGAUCGCCCCCUUCGAUCACUCAAUGUUCUGCCUACGAACGCUGCGCGAACUCAAGCUCCUCAAGUUCUUGAGCGAGGCAGGUGUUAGCGAGAAUGUGUGUCGUGGCCCGCUUUCUCUGGCGGGACGCCUUUGCUCAUCCCCUAAAGAUUAUCUCGAUUCUGGACAUAUCAAGCCCCCGUCGUUGGAAGCUUUCAAAGAGGUCUACCUGAUCCAAGAGCUGAUGGAGACCGACAUGCACCGCGUUAUUCGAACCCAAGACUUGUCCGAUGAUCACGCACAAUACUUUAUCUAUCAAACCCUGCGCGCGCUGAAGGCCCUGCACUCUGCCGAUGUCAUCCAUCGUGACCUCAAACCCUCAAACCUCCUCCUCAACGCCAACUGCGACCUCAAGGUUUGCGACUUCGGACUUGCACGCUCGGUAAAGACUGCCGAGCCCUCUGGUACGGAAACUGGUUUCAUGACGGAAUACGUGGCCACCCGGUGGUACAGAGCCCCGGAGAUCAUGUUGACCUUCAAACAGUACACCAAGGCCAUCGACGUGUGGUCAGUCGGGUGUAUUCUCGCGGAGAUGCUGUCCGGAAAACCACUAUUCCCCGGGCGCGAUUACCACCAUCAACUUACGCUUAUCCUCGACGUCCUUGGAACGCCUACUCUCGACGAGUUCUACGCGAUUACCACGCGGAGAUCUCGUGAUUAUAUCCGAGCUCUACCCUUCCGGAAGAAGCGACCAUUUGGAACACUCUUCCCUAACGCCAACCCACUGGCUGUCGACUUCUUGACUAAGACCUUGACUUUUGACCCCAAGAAGCGGAUCACAGUCGAGGAUGCUCUCGCUCACCCAUACUUGGAGGCAUACCACGAUCCUGACGACGAGCCUGUUGCCCCGCCUCUUGACCCCGAGUUCUUUGAAUUCGAUUUGCACAAGGAUGACAUCAGCCGAGAACAGCUAAAAGAGCUCCUCUACGAGGAAAUCAUGACCUUCAAACCCGCACCUAUCACAUAA